AGGCCAGGGGCGGAGGAGGGAGCGGGGCGGGGGCCGGCGGCGGGGCCGCGCCCUCGGCCACUCCCCGGGGCGACCCGGCGGCUCCACACGCGCUGCGCCCGCCGCCGGCCCCACGCGCGGCCCAUGUCCUCCGCGCCGCGCUCGCCCACCCCGCGGCCCCGCAGGAUGAAGAAGGACGAGUCGUUCCUGGGCAAGCUGGGCGGCACCCUGGCCAGGAAGCGGAGGGCGCGCGAGGUGAGUGACCUACAGGAAGAAGGCAAGAAUGCCAUCAACUCACCGAUGUCCCCCGCCCUGGCGGAUGUUCACCCUGAAGACACCCAGCUCGAGGAGAACGAGGAGCGCACGAUGAUCGACCCCACUUCCAAGGAAGACCCCAAGUUCAAGGAACUGGUCAAGGUCCUCCUCGAUUGGAUUAAUGAUGUGCUGGUGGAGGAGAGGAUCAUUGUGAAGCAGCUGGAGGAAGACCUGUAUGAUGGCCAGGUGCUGCAGAAGCUAUUGGAAAAACUGGCAGGGUGCAAGCUGAAUGUGGCUGAGGUGACACAGUCCGAAAUAGGGCAGAAACAGAAGCUGCAGACGGUGCUGGAAGCAGUACAUGACCUGCUGCGGCCCCGCGGCUGGGCGCUCCGGUGGAGCGUGGACUCAAUUCACGGGAAGAACCUGGUGGCCAUCCUCCACCUGCUGGUCUCUCUGGCCAUGCACUUCAGGGCCCCCAUCCGCCUUCCUGAGCAUGUAACGGUGCAGGUGGUGGUCGUGCGGAAACGGGAAGGCCUGCUGCAUUCCAGUCACAUCUCGGAGGAGCUGACCACAACUACAGAGAUGAUGAUGGGCCGGUUCGAGCGGGAUGCCUUCGACACGCUGUUCGACCAUGCCCCGGAUAAGCUCAGCGUGGUGAAGAAGUCUCUCAUCACUUUUGUGAACAAGCACCUGAACAAGCUGAAUUUGGAGGUGACGGAACUGGAGACCCAGUUUGCAGAUGGCGUGUACCUGGUUCUGCUCAUGGGCCUUCUGGAAGACUACUUUGUUCCUCUCCACCACUUCUACCUGACUCCAGAAAGCUUCGAUCAGAAGGUCCACAAUGUGUCCUUCGCCUUUGAGCUGAUGCUGGACGGAGGCCUCAAGAAACCCAAGGCUCGUCCUGAAGACGUGGUUAACUUGGACCUCAAAUCCACCCUGAGGGUUCUUUACAACCUGUUCACCAAGUACAAGAACGUGGAGUGACGGGGGAGCUGUGGACGGUGGCAGGAGUGUCCCAGCAAGAAAGGCGGCAUCCAUGCCCUGUGCCUUUCCAGGGAGCCAGGCGCCAUGGGCCUCUGGUCCAAGCUGUGUUGACUGUCAUCCCCACCCCACCCCUACCUCACGCCCACCCCACCCCCUGCCUCUUUUGGUUGUUGUUCUUAAUCUCUUUUCCAUGUAAUUCCCAGUGGGCAAAAGUCUUUGAAAAUGCAGGAUUCUAAACACUCGUGCUUGCGUUUGAGGCCUGGCGUCACUCAGUUGCGUGGGAUGAUGAGUCCAUUGUCUGCCUUGGCUGAAAGAUGAGAAAAGCCUGAACCCCAGCCCCCAGCUGAUUGAGAGCGGCCUGCAUUCUGCCCGAUGGGGCAAUUAGCGAUCACAGGCCUUCAGAAGCACAACAUCAGCUCAGCAGGAAUGCCGGCUCCCCGAGGACCCGGGCUUGACGAUUCACCGGGGAUCUCCUGGGCUGGGCUCUCCUUGGAAGUGAGGCCUUUUUAAUAAAAGGGUUUUGCAGUUUGAAAAA